GACUUCGUACUCUUUCGUAUAUAAUCGCGACUCCCGAAACAUAUUUCACGAAGAAGUUGUUUCUUUUAUUGAACAAUGGAGGCAAUAAUCGGACGGGUUUUAAUAUAUGGUGGCAAAGGUGCUUUAGGUUCUACUUGUGUUUCAAAAUUCAAGUCGAAAAAGUGGUGGGUUGGCUGUAUUGAUAUGAAGGCAAAUGACCAAGCUGAUGCAAAUGUGAUUGUAAAACCAAACAGCAAUUGGCAAGAGCAGGAAGUUGAUAUUAUGCAACAAAUUGGAAAUAUUUUAAAUGGGAAUAAACUAGAUGCAAUUAUUUGUGUGGCUGGUGGAUGGGCCGGUGGAAAUGCAGCCAAUAAAGAUUUUAUUAAAAACAGUGAACUUAUGUGGAAGCAGAGUGUGUGCAGUUCAAGUAUUGCUGCUAGUAUUGCUGCCCAUCAUUUGAAAGAAGGAGGAUUUUUAUCAUUAACUGGUGCUAAAGCAGCUUUAGCAGAAACACCAGGAAUGAUUGGAUAUGGAAUGGCUAAAGCUGCUGUUCAUCAACUUACUAAAUCUUUAGCUGCUAAAGAUAGCGGUCUUCCAAAGAAUUCUUUGGUUGCUUCUAUCUUGCCUGUUACUUUAGAUACACCUAUGAAUAGAAAAUGGAUGCCAAAUGCUGAUACAACUAAAUGGACUCCACUUGAAUUUGUUGCAGACCUCUUCUGGAAAUGGUCACAAAAUCAAGAACGUCCAGCUAAUGGAAGUCUCCUACAAUUGAUUACCAAUGACAAUAAAACAGAAUUAAUUACAGCUUAAGAGAAAAAGAGUUAUAUUUUGAAUCGAAAGCAUUUAUGAUGCUCCCAUGACAAUAUAUAUACAUAUGUAUACCCGUUAUAAAUACUUGAUAUCGUUGUCCCACGUUGUCCCACGGUGUCCAACGAUGUCCAACGGUGUCCCACGGCGUCCCACGUUGUAGUCCAGUCUAGAUCAUACAAAAUUCUUUUCUCGGCCUUUGAAGAUCCACACUGAACCAACAGUGUCCCACGUUGUAGUCCAGUCUAGAUCAUCCAAAAUUCUUUUCGCGGCUUUUGGAGAUCCACACUGAACCAAUAAUCGUUGUGUACCCAAUCAGUUAAUGUUGUUCCAUUUUAAU